ACAUCAGUUGUUUUCGAGCCUUUCGCCGCGCCACCAUUGCGUACCCACCGUAAGCAAGCCACGCCGUACCUAACGCAGUCGCCGUAAAUCCUGCCAACGCCACGGUUCGCUGCAACAAGUCACCAAUACUCUUCAACAUUGAAUUGGAACAUUUAAUACCCGGAUAAGAACAUUAUGUCACGUGAUUUGUGCACAUGAACAUCACGUGAGAUCGAGAUCAGAAUAAUGUUGGCUGUUAGACGAUAUUCCGCCACUGCAGCAAGAAACUCUAGUGAGAAGAUCAUUGGCUUCAUUGGCCUCGGAAACAUGGGAGCUCACAUGGCCAGAAACUUGCUAAGAUCAGGUCACAGGGUGUUAGUUCACGACCAGCUGUCUGAACCAGUAGACAAGCUGAAAGCAGAGGGAGCUGAUGUAGCAGGAAGUUCGGCUGAAGUAGCAGCUGCUUCACAGCGGAUUGUGACGAUGGUACCAUCGAGUCCUCAUGUCAGAGAAGUGUACACAGGAGCCAACGGCAUUUUUAGUGCUGUUCAAAAGGGUAGUCUCUUGAUUGACUCGAGUACCAUCGAUCCUUCUGUGUCUCAGGAGAUUGGGAAACUGGCAAGGGAGAAAGGCGCCGAUUUUGUUGAUGCUCCAGUCUCUGGAGGUGUUCCUGCUGCUGAGAAAGCAGAGUUGACGUUUAUGGUUGGAGGAAGUACGGAAGCGUAUGAAGAAGCCAAGAAGGUGCUUGAAUCGAUGGGGAAGAAGAUCUUUCAUUGUGGUGACAUUGGUAUGGGAGAGGCUGUUAAAAUAUGUAACAACAUGGUACUUGCAAUCACAAUGAUCGGAACAGCAGAAGCCAUGAAUCUAGGCAUGAGACUAGGACUUGAUCCAAAACUACUUGCUGACGUAAUGAAUGUUAGCACUGGACAAUCGUGGUCAAGCCAAAAGUACAAUCCAGUGCCUGGUGUAGUUCCUGGUGUUCCUGCUAGCAAUAACUACGAUGGAGGAUUUGGAGCAGCCCUAAUGUUAAAGGAUUUGAAAUUGGGACAGAAUGCUGCAUUUGAGACGUCCUCUUCAACUUUGAUGGGCUCAGUAGCUACUCACGUGUAUCAAAUUUUGUGCAAGCAAGGUUACAGCAGGAAGGACUUUUCAUCAAUAUUUCACUUUUUGCAAUCUGAGAAAUGACAUUUACCUAUCAGAGGAUUGACAUCGAACUGAUGCACAUUCAAAAUUUAAUUAAUUUACUUUCAUUGUUAUUUAUAAAUACAAAUGCCUUUACACAUAAUGUGCUACUUUGUUUAUGCAAACAUAACAUUGACGGACGUACAGAUUGAGAGGCAUUAAGGCAGCAAACAUGCAGAGAUGGUAUGUACAUGUAAG